AUGGGCAUGGGAAAGUAUAUCAUCGGGGGCAAUCGAGGGAUUCUCGCCCCAGAACGUGAUGAGCCUGGACAACUCGAGAAGGUCGGAUCUUUAGUGAGCUCGACCUCGAAAAAGAAUAGAUUCCGCCGGCAUUGCAGGCGAUUCUGGUGCAUCUACCUCAUCGCCAAUGUGAUCUUCUUGGCUAUUCUCUUGCCUGUUUUCUUUCUGGUCGCAAUACCUGCCAUCGCGCAAAUGGUUGUCAACAAGUCGGAUCUACGAAUCGUCAAUGCCGAAGUGAUGCACCCAACACCAGACACAGUACGAAUGACCCUAGAAGCAAAGGUAAACCUGAAGCUUGCACUGGGUGUUCGGCUCGAUCCAGUUGUCUUCUAUACCUUUGUGCGCUCUUUCGGCCAUAAGAACGCAUAUGCAGGAAUUAAGAUCCCCGCGCAAACUAUCAAGGGGAAUCAUUCACUUGGAGUCACUGACCAGGUGACGCCAAUCCUAAAUCUUACCUCCUGGGAAAGCUUUGUGAGACAAGCUGUCUUCCAAAAGGAAACAGCACUAUCGCUAUAUGGAGUGACCACUGGAUACCUCGGGGUUCUGAAAAAUCACAUUGUAUUGGAUAAAGAUGUGGUGAUGCCAACUUUAAACAAGUUCAACGGCUUCUCCAUCGCAAACAGCACCUUUGUCCUGCCGGUAGAGGAUGACGGAUCCAACCUCGUUGCCAAUAUCACACUUCCAAACCCAAGCGCCCUCAGCUUCGAAGUUGGUACCAUCACUCUUGACCUGAAGAGCGGCAAUACAUCCCUAGUCAUUGGCAGUGCGACGGUCAAGGACGUCACACUUAGACCAGGCAACAACACAUUCCCGUUGAGAGGUGUGCUCGACGUCGGUACGAUGAUCGCCAACCUAACCGAAGUUCUCAGCUCACAGGGAUCCGCCCUCAAUAAAGGUGCAGUGAGCCUGACAGCUGUGACCAAAUCAAUUGUAUCCAACGGCACCCUGAUCCCAUACUAUACAAAGGUCCUCGGGUCACUUCCCCUGGUAGCAAACGUGAGCAUCGGUGACAUUCUCAGAAACUCGCUCGCUCACCUGGGCUCCAGUGGAAUAUUGUCAGACCCCGAUGGCAAACGGAGGAGAGACCCUGCGCAGGUGGACGGUUCGGUUGGAUACGGUGACGCAUAUAUCCAGGUCGCAAGUCUGAAACACAACAGACACGUUCACAAGAUCUUCGAGGAUGAAGAUCCCGAGCGACGAGAUGCAAUGAUAGAUUCGCUGGCUCGGUAUUAUGCCUCGCUAUGA